AUGCCUCGCCCACCACCUUCCACUGUUGGUGCAAGCGCCUUGCAACUAGCCAAAUCCAUUUUGCUAUCGUCUUCCAGCAAUCAAGAUCGAAACAAGGGCUUACGAGAGCUCACCCAGAUUCUGACAACGACCAAUCCUCCCCUCUUCACUCCUCGCGUCCCAACGCCCUAUGUGGCAACUUUGGAGCAACAGCAGCGCUUACAGACAAUCCAAGCUAGAGCUGCCACCAUUCUCCCAGAUUUACUUGUUCUUGACCAGUCGGAGGAAGAUCUUCAGAAGAAGCAAGAAAACACACAGUCGAAUCAGACGUACGGAACAACCCCCGCAGAAACCAUUUUCACGCUUUUAAAUGUUCUCUAUCCGCAUGGAUCGUCCGACCCACAAGGUUCCUUUAUAGAUGCGGGAAGUGGUCAGGGCAUUCCCGCCCUGGCAGCCGCUCUAUCCAACAAAUUUCACUUGGCACGAGGGAUUGAAUACGAACCAAAAUGGCAUUGUCAUGCCAUGGCCCUUCAAAAGGCUUAUCAAGAAAACACAACAGAACUUCAACUACCUAAAGCUUGUCCAUUAGACUAUCGUUGUGGCGACAUGACCAUUCCAGCUAGCUUUGAGGGAGCCAGCUUUGUCUUUUCCAACUGCGUUCUAUUUGAUGCCGAGUUGUGUCAGAGUGUCAGUCACCGACUGGAAGAGGAUCUGGCUACUAAGGAUGAUGUCUUUGUGGUUACCAUGAGUCGCCGAUUGGCCUUGCCGUCCUUUGAUCUUGUGGAUGUACUCAGUCUCAAUGCCAACGAAGGAUUAUUCACGUUUUACUUGAAUCAAAAGGCCAACAUUGGUACCUCCUUAUUUCACGCCACAUCCGAUUCGGAAACUAUGCGCUUGCUCAGAGAAUCCAAUGACACAGACGAACACGAGCCUCCUUAUUGUUGGGAGGAACUGAUAGAGUUCGCCUUAUUGGAGUCUGAUCCCAAAGUCGGAAUGCCCUUUCUAAUCGCCAUUGCAGCUUCGGAACCAUCCACUCGAACCCUCGGACAGCAUGUCGCAUUAUGGAAUACUCUGCAAAUGUCCAUGGAUGGUAAUCUCCCAACCAAGGCACUUGGUUCCAUGCUUCUUCGAGCCAUGGUGGACCAUCCAACUGGACGGAGAUCCGUAACCAUGAACGCGGACCUGUGCGGUCGUAUCAUUGCCAUGAUUGGAGACGACACGGAACAUCCUGCUGUACGAACCAAUCUAUUGGAUGUGGUGAGUAAUCUGUUGCACGAUGCGCCUUUGAGCCAGUUCUCGGACGAAUUGGAUGGCGCUCUUGGAGGACGAGGUUCGGGUGAUGAUGAUGAUGAGGAUGAGGCGGGCAAUAGUAUCAACGAAGCAUUGGAGGAAUGCUUGACUAUGCGGCGAUGGUGGGAAGGGCAUCAGCGCGGAAUCCCCGGAAUAAGAAACUGA